AUGUUGUGUGAUUUCCUGUGUUGCAGUGAAGAUACUGUGGUUUAAGACAAAGCAGACGUUCCUUCCUCCAGUGCCAGUCGAGACAUGGAUGCCUUCAAGCUGAUGAAGGAGCUGAAGACCAACUAUGAGCAGGAGGUUUACUACCUGCCCAAAGAGGCCGGUCUGAGCCUCAUUGAGUCCACCACACAGGACGACAGUCGGAUCUCAGCCAAGUGCAGAGAUGCCAAAGUGGAGGACUUAUGGAGUCUGACCAGCUUCUUCGGUUACAGCGCCCAGACCUUCGUCCUGGCAGUGAACCUGCUGGACAGAUUCCUGGCCAUGAUGAGGGUGAGACCCCAAAACCUGUCCUGCGUCAGCCUCAGCUGCCUCCACAUGGCCGCCAAAGUGACGGAGGAGGAGUGUAACCUGACGCCCACCGACGAGCUGAUCCGCAUCGGACAGUGUCGCUUCACCGUGUCCGACCUGGGCCGCAUGGAGAAGAUCAUCGCAGAGAAGCUGGACUUCAAGUCCAGAGCCGUCACCGCCUUAACCUUCCUGCAUCUGUACCAUCAGAUCGCACAGUCGCACUGCACCGAGCGGACAGAGACUCUGAGUCUGGACAAACUGGAGGCUCAGCUCAAAGCCUGUCUGUGUCGGAUCUCCUUCUCUAAAGCCAAGCCGUCCGUCCUGGCCUUGUCUCUGCUGAGGCAGGACAUCGAAGCCGUCUGCUCAGAGGACCUGCUGGAGAUCACCUGCCACAUCCAGAGACACCUGAAGAUCGCUGAGGCGGAGCUGCUGCUGUGGAGCGAACGCGUGGCCCAGUGUCUGUCCGACUACGCGCCUGAAUGCAUCAAACCAAACCACCGCAGGCUGCAGUGGGUGGUGUCCCGCAGGACCGCCCAGAACCUGCACAGCUAGGAUGUCCCUGAACUACCCACCAUCCCAGAGGUGCUGGACGAGAGCGAGAGUGAGGACUCGUGUGAGGACAUGCUGAGUUCGGGGGAGGAGUCUCUGAGCUCGUCUCUGGGCAGCGACGCAGAAGGACGCUUCUUCCCUCUGCACCUCCGACGCCAAAAACGCCGCUGAGGACGCCUGAACCGGUCCGGUGGCCCCGCCCCCUCUCCUCUUCUAUUUUAACCUGUCUUUAAUUUAUUUGUGUCCGAGCGCCGGCGGCCAACCGCACAAAGGCCGGCAGCUCCAGGACUGUGGUAGAGUUAGUCUGUGGGUGCAUGUGGGCGUCACAUUCCAGGACUGGAGC